AUGUCGCAGGCACACCUGCGGAACGUAGAGGAGCCGAUAUUCAUCGGCUACGUCCCUGGCGACCCCACGCUGCCACCCCUGGACGACGCCAUCCCGGCCCCGAACCCCGCCUUUGCGCAGAACAAGGUGGUGGACCUGAGGACUUGGGAUGCGGUGGCCCUGCAGGUCGAGGCCGAUCGUUUCAACCCCUCGGACCCCUUCGAGCCCUUCCACCUGCCCGCAAUGCCUGGCGUGCCCACCGAGAAGAUCCUGGAGGUCAUGCGCCGGACCCUGCCCCACCCAGGCAGGCCCAUCGCCUGGGUGGACCUGGGGUACCGCAACGGAGGCCUGACGCUGGCUGGAAAGGAGGUGCAGCUGCGGGACCUGUGGGACAUGGUUCAGGGCGCGGGCGGGUUUGCGGCCGUGUGCUCCACCCGGAAGUGGACGAGCGUUGCCAUAGCGCUGGGCGCUGACACCUCAAGGCUCACCAACGCCUCCCAUGUGGUCAAGGGCUGGUACCUGCGAUUCUUUGCGAAUUAUGAGAAGUCACUGCAGAGCCAAGAACUUCCAUCCUGA